AAACUAAUUCUCCAUUCCUUACUACGGUCUAUUUGCCUCUGUUUUCCCUUGUUUCUUUCUCAGACUUUUAACACCGGCAUACCAAUUCGUGUCGCCUCUUGAGUCUCGGAUCCAAUACAGGCCUUCCCACCGCUUACACCGUCACGGCUCUAUUACGCCGCCGACCGGUUUUCAUCUCAAGCCAGCCAGCCUACCAAUCCCUUCAGAAUGGCCAGGAAUUGUCCAACCCCCGUCUUCACCAUGAACGACAACGAGAUUCCGAUACCAUCAGACAGUUUACCUCUGUACGAGCACCAGUGGACGACACCGGCCUCACAACGGGCAGUCCCUCGUCCUGCAACCGUUUACGAUGGAUCCUCGUUCACCACCGGGGAAGAAAAUGACAAUUCAGAGCCUUGGUAUGAAGCCGUGAUACCUUGGCCAUUUAGGCAUCAGCGACAGACGCCGAGCGCAAACAACGCCAUGUCGGGGCCUGGAUCUGAUCACCAACAAGAUAUUUAUUCGUUUAAUACAAUGAACAAGACCUAUGGCCAAAAACCGUGCGAAGACCAUUAUGAGAUCCCGGUAGUGGAAACAGACAUGAGUAUCGGUCAGGCAUAUACGACCGACACGGCGGUGACCAUGCCAGGCCCAAACUAUGUCGGCCCGUCGCAUGAAGAUUCUUCGACACAUUUCGAUGGGGGGUUCAACCGCCGCCCCAUUUCUGGCUCCUCGUUUACCGUUUCCACCCCGGGUGGGCUAUCCGACAUCCUUUCGUACGACUUGGGCGACGAUGCAUCCGCAGCCGCAUCGGAUGCGCCAUCCCUGAGCUCCGACUACACGCUCCCGUCUUCGAAUCGGAAUUCCCUGGUUUCUUCGAUACAGCUCUCUCCCGUGGCAUCUCCGCGCAUGACGCCGCAGAGUCGAACUGACCUAGUGCGGACGCUCAGCCGCGGACGUGUGACACCGAACCCCCGUCCCAGUGCACGGUCGGCCCCUUACAAUAUAGGGAACAAGCGGUGGUCUACUGGCUGCUAUGGGACGACGUCUCAGCGACGAACAACGACUCCUUUUGUCUACAACCCAAGCCAGGAUGUUUUCGACGCCCGUCAAAGCACGUCAUCUAGGCAUUCUUCCCCCACUAUUCAAGACCAACAAGUUCUAUGUCCUGUUCCCCUGAGCUACGCAAACCCACAGGCCGCGCAGGAGCAGUCUUUCUUUUCCACCCCUGAACCGCAGCAGCAGUACCACGCACCAAUGGUGCUCCCCACGCAGGCUCACGCCCCUUUCCACGGGUUCCAUGCCGACACGGGGUUUUACGGCCAUUUCCCCAUGCUUUCAAGCAACGCCGAGCCUCACGCCCUGCAUGGGCAUUAUAUGGGCUCGUCUGAUCCUCCUGAUAUGUAUGCCUCCCUGCGAGAGGAGCAUGUGCCGCCGCCGCCCGAAGACAUGAACCCGGAGGACAAGGACAUGAUACCGCGCGAGCAGCAGCCCCGAUUCGAAGGCGACCUCUACACGCCGAGGUGGGUCCGCGGACACGGCCAGAAGCGCGAGGGAUGGUGCGGGAUCUGCAGGCCCGGUCGCUGGCUGGUCCUCAAAAACUCGGCGUACUGGUACGACAAGACGUUCAGCCACGGCAUCAGCGCGCCGACGGGCAGCCCGUUCCCGGAACCUCAGCAGACGCGGCGGGUGAUGGGCGACCCGGACGCCUGGGAGGGGUUCUGCAGCAGUUGCAGCGACUGGGUUCCGCUCGUGGGCACCAAGAAGCAGGGCAUCACUUGGUUCCGGCACUGGAGCAAGUGCGGCAAGAACAAGGACGCGGUUAAGCGUCGGCGUCCCGUCGCCAACGGUGGUGGUCGGACGAAGCCUCAACCCCGAGCACCCAUGACGCCGCAGAUGACGCCUGCCACCGUCUCUGGAACGGACACUCCGGCCUCGGCGCAAGUGUAUCGACAGGGAGGGCUUUUCCCGUCUGCAGCACGACCGACACCGCAGCAGGCCGACGAACACCGCAUGCGAAACCCGACGUCGAGUCCCUACGAGACGAUGCCGAACAUGAUCUAGGACACACUCGGGUUCGAACAUGAACUCAUUCCAAUUUUCUCACUUGUCCUUUCUUUGGCUUUUCUCUUGUCGCAUCUUUUCUACUAUCUAUGAAACAGGCGCACGCAACUCCCACGC